UCCAGCUUCUUUUCAUCAUCCAACGCAGCGUUGGUUAAGGUACACUGCGUCACCUAUAGCUUCAUAGGUACCUAGGUUGAAAUCGGUACUCUGUACACCCUUUUUGCACUGACGCAUCUCUCACAGAAGUACCCUAGCACCUAUAAAGAUUAACAUCAAUCCGACCUUGAUCUUUCUCGCCUUGUCAACCGAGACCCAACUCCCUCCAUCCAAUUCAUGUCAUUCUUAUCUGGACUCUGGCAAUACGUGCCCUCUCUUUCCAGCCAACCCAACAUGGAUUCCCAGUCUGGCAUUUUUCAGCCGCGACCCAUCGACGUCAUCGUCGUUAAGACCAUGCUCAGCAAGGCCACCCAGAUGCCGCCCGAGGUGGUCGACAUCAUCAUCGACCACGCCGAGUACUGGCCCCAUUGCGAAACCGUCAUCGAGCGACCGCCAAGGCAAGACAUCCGCAUCUCGAGCGGGCGCAGAGAUCGCGAGAACGCCCUGCUCCUCCGCAGCCCUCCGGUCGGAUUCGACCAAGACAGCAUCGCGCAGCCCGGCGAGUGGAUCUCGACGCCGGCCGCACCCGAGCCGCUCCGCGAGGCGGCGCCCGUUGAGGCGUUCAAGAAGCUGAGGGCCGGCACGGCGCUCGAACGCCCUGUGCGGAAAAUCGUCUUCACCCUCCGCAGCAGGGACCAGGGCUGGGGCGGCGAGGCGAAGGACCGGGGGACGUUCGAGGGAUCGUGGACGUGGUUCGAGGCCGGUCUGGAGAGGUUUGAGGCCGGCCUGGAGAGGUUCGACGGCAAUAACGAGGAGGAGGGCGACAAAGAGGAGGUUGACGCGACAUGCCAGAAGUCUUUGGACAGCAAGAGUACGAUCGACAAGAAGCCGCCAACCAGGCUACAAUUGUCGCACCCUUUUAUUGGGGGGCUUGGUCGCAGCUUUCUCCAUGGCCCUCGCGCCGCCCGCCACCUUGGAUCGCAAUCUUUCGCCCACGCCGACGAGGGUAACGACGAGGGUAAGAAUGAGGGUGAGGAUAAGGGCAAGGGUAAGGGCAAAGGUGAGGGUGAGGGUGAGAGCGAAACGACGGCGCCGUUUCGCGAUCGGCCGUUUCGAGUGACUGGCCUGCGCCCCGUCUACCCGGAGACCGAAGUGGUGGGGAACACGCCGCGCUACAACCACCCGCUGGAGCCGAACCAGCAGCAGAAGAUCCAGUGCAACAGGACGGCCACCAGCACAGCUGGCGACUACCGGAUCGUCUGGUCCUGGACCGACGACAUCUCGCCGGACUCGCCCGAGGCUGAGCGACUGAAACGCCAAGGUAGGGGGAAGGCGAGCGGCACCGGGGAGUUUGUGCGAAACCUGAGGCUGGGAGACGUGGUCACCGUCUGGGCCAAGUCACGAUUCCCGGGUUGGGCGAACAACGUUCAAAAGGUCGGCGUUGCCGUCUACUGGGCCGUUUAGACUUGGGGCCGAGUCUGUCCCUGCGUUCUACAUUAUGCGCUAUGCUUUGCUUUGGCGAGGCGAAUGGCUACGAGAGAUGCGGAAAUACCUAUUAAGUCCACGGAUAGCAAGCAUGUUUAUUAGCAACAUUGAUCAAGAACAGUGAUUCCUGGGCCUAGCCGUGGAUGCAUACAUCAUCUCAUACAGCAUCAUGAGAAUCAAUUUCGUGCGCUGAUUUUAUUUAUUUCAUUUUUUGAAGUCAAAGACUCCUUGUGGCAAAAUGAGGAAAUAAAAAUAAAAUAAUGGAUUUGACGUCACGCG